AUGUUUACCGUGCAAGAAGUCCGUGUACACUGGUUGUUGGCUUUCUUCUUCAUAGGUCUACCUACUAACCAAGACGUUGAAGGUAUAAAAGAGAUCAUUCAUCUCUGUAUUUCGGUUUUGCAACUUAUUUUUAUUAUUUUUACUUUUUUGUAUUUCCCAGCGAUAAGUAUCAAAACUGGAAUAUGCAAUUUCACCAUUACUACUCCUGGUCUGUUUGCGUGUGAAAAGGUUUCCUUUGAGAAGCCUUUCAAUGGCGGGCAGGAUGUGAAAGUUUUCGUUUCCAAAAGCCACACAACAAACAGUUAUAGUGGUGGAGAUGGCGCGGCUAUUUGGGUGGAAUCUGUGGAUAAUAAAGAAUUUACAGUUUGUGUUUUAGAGUACGGAGAUGGUUCUAGUGGGACUACGAAAGUGAACUGGAUGGCGCUGCAAUCUGUUCCUGUUGGCGCUCAACUAGACACCGUCUCGUUGGAUUCUUGGACUACUGGAGAAAAGUGUAAAAGGAUCGCCUUUGAAAAGGCUACCGCUGUUUCCCCUUGCGUUUUCGUUAAGUUAAUAGUUUUACUGAUUUAGGUAUUUCUGUUUGCUCAAACCUAGACACAAGAUUUCACUACGUUAUUUUUUGAGCUUUGCUUGACUGAGUGGCUUUAACUUCCUCUUUCUUUAUUUAGCUCGUAGGAGCUGCGGACUUUCCAUUUGACUUCUUCCUUAUAUCUUUAAGUCAUGCGAUAUAACGUUGUUGCAUUAUAAAAUACGAUUAUUUAUUCGUUUACCAAGAUCUUACAUAUAUCGCUACCUCUAUUUUCUUCCAUCAAAGUUAUCUUGCAAUCUGUCCUCCACUUUUCUUGAUCAUGUCAAUUUUUUUAUUUACAUUAAUACAUCUUUAAAAGCUUUAACAAUCUUCAUAUUUUUGCUAAUUUUUGCUCUAAAAAAUUUAGUGAGAAAGUCUAUAUUUCGAUUCCUUUUGUAUCUACGUUGCCAGGUUCAUGACUAUCGUUUUAUUUGCUGAUUUGCAAAUUCUGUGUUUAAUUCGUAAAACUGUUCUUAGUUGUUUUUCAUCUGCAUUAGGAAAUUCCAUCCAAUUUGCUUCUUUCAAGUUCAAAAUGAUUUUUUCUAUCACUCUUCCAUCGUUUUAUAUCAUACCCUUGUUUGUUUGAAAAAGAAAUGUAAUUAAUUAUUUUUUUUUUUCGCUUUUACUUUUUCAGCGUUUCUCAAUUCCUCCGAGCAUCUACGUAACAGCUCGUCACCAAAUUCUCAAGAGACCUCAGGACGCCUUGGCCUUGUGGGUAGAGGAUGUACGCAGAGACAGUUUUAAGGUUUGCCUCAGGGAAACUAAGAUUUUUGAUGGUCUGCCUAAAAACAUCAAGGUGGUAAGUGAAUUCCUUUUGUUACCUGUUACAUGUUUGAAAGUAGACUCACACGACAACCAAGCGGUUCCUCCCUUGCUGCAACUUACAGGGGCUGUGCUUUAGCAGAACCCAGUUGCCCCUGAGCUCUACCUUUGCUCUUUGCCCACUAGGAAAUCGUAGCUUUUAUCAUAGAGAUCCUAUGUUGGAUACCCUGUGAUUUACACAGGUUCAGAGCAAUGGGCUCCCUUCUCUUAGAAACAACCUUGACUUGAGAAAGAAUAUAUUGAUAACAUUGUUAAUACUUUUUCACUUGUCCUUCAGGACUGGAUAGCAUUUGUUAAGCUGAUGACGCUGAAUUUUACCUUGAUCCAUGGCCUUGUAACAACAAAGAAUAACUCACCACUAAACAAGCAACAAAACAACGCUGUCUGUCAGGUAAAGUAACUAAUGAACUAUACUGUUUUGGUUUCUCAGUCACUUAUAUUCAUAAAUAGAAAGUCUUUCAUAAGUUCAUGGAGCUCUGAUGUUGUUAUCGUUAACUAUUUAAGCAAGAUAUAUCAUAUACCGCAUAUGUGUAGAAAAACUUCAGAACGCUGAUUCUUUUCUUGUUUUUUUGGAUAAUAAAGUUCACUGAUGCUUUCUAUGCCCCUCCGGUAGUAAUGGUUUCACCAAGACUCAGUUACCGUAACAACAACUCUCGUUUCUCGGCUACCGCAACUUGUAACGCAGUUACUGCGUGGAUUCAGGUAACAAAUAUGAAACUUGGAGCCAUUUUUCUUAGUCGUUGCGUCCUUCGGCUGCCUUCUUAUCUUUUCCCUUCUAACUUACUUUUAGCAUUGUCUCUGUUUCAAUUUUUCAUGUCGUUUAAGGAGUCCAAAAAAGUUUUUUUUUGUUUUGUUUUUUCCCAAUUUUUCCAACCAACCUGUGCACGCCACGGUUUCGCUUUCUAAACGACCUUGGUGUACCUAGUUACAUAGUAGUUAUGGUAAGAAAAUACCUGAUGAUGCUUAAUGAUUGAUAAUCUGAUACUUCUUAUGAUUGUGUCUAGUAUACCUUUACAAACGAAACCGAGGUGUGUAUGAGAAGAUACAGCAAUAACGCCAAUUAUAAGGACAUCGUACAACUGGAUUACCUGGUGAUUGGAGGUACGUAAACAAUAAUUAUAUCAAAACCUUGGUGAAGGCUGUAUGCUGCAGUGUAUCAAGUACAUUUUAUGACAUGAAUCUUUUGAAGUUGUUUCAUGGAGAGCUUUUUUUCUCUACUUGAUGUUAUUUUUUGUUGUCUCUAUUCUGGGGGAUUGUAGAUUUGGUUGACUGAAAGAACAUGUUACUACUAUAAUUUCGUCGCAGUAAAUUUUGUGUAUUCAAGAAAAUGAGAUUUUUUUGAAAACUAUUAAGACUAAAUUUCUUUGGCACACUGGUGCUCCUGAUCACGAAAUUUAUAGGCUCAUAUGUGAUGUCAUAAGACAAAAAUUCAGGAACUGAAAAACGGGAUCAUAUGCAUUCUUAUCCUUUUCUUAGAGUCGCCAGUGUUGCAUAUAACUGCAAUGCACCUUAUUGGCAUCUUAAAGCAGUUUCAGUUUGUAAUUAAACGAAAUUUUUGCAGAGUCUAUACUUGUUUUCUUGCAUCUAAAGCCACGUGUCCCUUAAUUUACGUUAUAGUUUCUUAAUCUACGUCAGAGCCCCUUUUUUUCUGAAAGGGAUCCGAGUGAAGACUUGCACAAAUGGUGUGCCAAAAUAGCGGUAAAUUUGAACGUGUCAAAAAAUUCUCUUUAAUAACAUUGUGUUCAAAGCAAUUUUUUUUCGCGCACUUUCUCAUAGUAAUGUGCAUUUUCAAUUCUAAAAAACAAAUUUUUAAGGUAUGGGCACUUUAAAUCUAAUCUGUUGUUAUUUGCUUAAUUAUCUUCAGACCUGGAUCCUUGCAUAGACGUUACGUGUUAUUAUCACAGCUUCUGUAAGGCGUUUGGACCCCAUGAUGCACGCUGUGUAUGUGUGGAUAGCUGCCCAUCUUACAAAGAACCCGUUUGCUCAUCAAAGGGCACUACGUACGACAACAGAUGUUUGUUUGAAAGAGAAGUUUGUCUACAUCGACUAAUUUUUACCUUGAAACAUCCUGGCAGCUGUGAAGGUUAGGACAGUUGUUUUUGAAUCUGUUAAAAAGUGAUAUUUGUUUUUAUUACUUUUCAGUAUCUUAGCGAAUUUUUUGAAUGAGCUAUUUACUUACCCUUGUAAUCUGGAGGGAAAACGGCGAUAGAUGCGUGACUUUAUGGAAGUACAGAAUUUUACGUAAUUUUGCUAAAACGUUUGACAGGGGCAAUGCUAAUAAGAAUACUGGUCAGAAAAAGUGGCUGAUACACUUCUGUUUUAAGCAUUUUCAGUCAAUACUCCACGAAAAUAUUUGUUGUUUUUUUUAUAUAUGUAUAACUGAAGCAAAUUUAAAACUGAUUCUUCUCUCUGAGAUUAGUAGUAGUAGUAGUAGUAGUAGUAGUAGUAGUAGUAGUAGUAGUAGUAGUAGUAAUAGUAAUAGUAAUAAAUUGCUUUAUUUGCAUGACCGCAUCACUUUACAGUAUUGCAAAAGCAUGUAUAUGACAAUCAAAAUAAAAAACAAAACAGCACUAAUAACAAUCUAGAAAUAUUCGGUUACAUUACUAACAAUGAAUCACGUAUUUUCAUGCAGGAGGAGACAAACUUCAUAACUAACUUAUUUACAUGAUGUUCCUUCGAAUUCAUUAUCAGUUUUAUGCUUUCCGGAGAUGAUUUCUUGUCAAAGUCAGGUAUUAUUCGAUUGAUUUGAGUAAUAAAUGCCUGUCUCUGUACUGAGUAUUUGUUACAUUGAAAGAGGAAAUGAAUCUCAUCUUCUACCUGAUUUGAGUUACAUAAAGGACAUAAUCUAUUUUCUCUUGGCAAAUGAUCGAUUUGGUAUCGACCAUGUUCAAUCAUAAGUUUGUGAUUACUUAUUUUAAAUUUAACAAAAUUCUGUCGUUCGUCAUAAUGUCUUAGCUGGUAGAGAUAAUCAGAUGUAGAAUAUUCAUCUUUAAAAGUUUUAUAAAAUUCUAGUUUUUUUUUUUUGAAUUUUCGAGGCUGUGCCGCCAAAAAGAUAGAUAUUUCUCUCUCAUUUCUGUGGUAUAUCGUCUAAUUUUAUCAUUAUCUAGAGAUUCAGCAUCUAAACUGGUUAGAUUGUAUUGUUCAAGCAUGUUUAUGAAAUUGGAAAAAUAUCCGGAAUUAUUCAUAGAAUGUAGAUUCUUUGACAUAAGGAAAGACUGUUUGACUAUAGAGUCAUUAUCUUUGUUGUUGAGGCAAACAAAAUAUUUCAUAAUUUUCUGAUUUAUCGGGAUAAGCAGCGGCAGUCUAUCAAGUUCAGCUCUGCAGGCUAUGUUAGAGGCCUUAUUGUUAACCUCUAAGUAACGUUUACAGAAUUUGAGGUGGAUUUUUUCUAUUGGGGAGCUAUCCCAUUUUUUAAAAUCUUGCUUGGUGUACAUUCCCCAUACCUCGCUGUUGUAACUCAAUAUUGGGAAUACCAUGGUGUCAAAAAUUUGGGAUGCAGUAUUAGGAUUAAGUUUGUUAAGAAUUGUCCGCUUCCGAAUACUAGAAAACGCGUGAAGGGCCUUUUCUUCUAAGUGUUCGAGUGCAAGUGUAAAGUUUCCCGUUGGAGUUAAACGUGUACCUAAAUAAGUGUAUUCUUGGACAAUUUCAAUUGACUCACUGCCUAUGUUGAAUUUGAUGUCAAUAGAUUUUUUGGGGCGUUUCUGGAAUAUCAUAAUUUUUGUUUUCUUGGGAUUAAUUUUUAGCUUCCAUUUGUCACAAUACAAAGAAAGCGCAUUUAAACAGUUCUGUAAUCCAGUUUUCGAUCUUGAUAGAAUAACUAAAUCAUCUGCGUACAAAAGUGAAUUUAUUUUUUUCCCAUUUGGGAGAACAAAUGGGUCAGAUAAGGUGUUUUCGAAUAAAAGUGGUAGAUUGUUUAAAUAGAGGUUAAAUAAAAGAGGGCUUAAAAUACAGCCUUGACGUACACCUCUGGAAUAUGAAAAAGGCUGUGUUUUGUUUUCACCGAUUUUGAUGGAACAUGUCGAGUUGCAAUAAAGACUUUUCAUGAGGUUGUACAAGUUUCCUCCUAUAUUCGUUUUUAGCAGCUUAUAAAACAAUCCUUCGUGCCAAACAGAGUCAAACGCUUUGCGGAAAUCUACGAAACAAGCGUAGACUUUUUCCUUGUGAUAAUGCACAUAUUUAUCUAUUAGGGUCCUUAGAGUGAAAACAUGGUCUGCAGUGCGGUUUUCAGGCAAAAAGCCAAUUUGGGAAUUAUGUAAUAUCUUAUUUUCCUCAAAAUACAAGUGAAGUCUUCGAUUUAAAAUAGAACAGAACAGUUUUCCAAGGCAACUAGAAACACAUAUGCCUCUGUAAUUUGUUGGAUCACUCUUGUCACCAGAUUUGUAAAUUGGGGUUAUGAGGCCUUGACACCAAACAUCUGGCAUUUUUCCGGAUUGUAAAAUGAGGUUAAAAAGUUUGACAUAGACAGGCAUUAGUGGUUCGAGGCUUGCUUUGAUCAUUUCAUUUCGUAUUUUGUCAACAAAUGGUGAUUUCUUAUUUUUCAAUUUCUUCGCCGCUUGACGUAUUUCCCUCUCAGUUAUCUCAUAAUCGAGAUGGUUAAACUGUUCCUUUUCGUGUUCUAAAGAAUUUAGUUCCCUAUGGAUUUCAUGUUCAUGCGUGGAAUUCGUCGGGUCAAUAGAAUGCAGAGAUUUGAAAUGGUGAAGCCAUGAUUCUUCCGAGAUUGGGGCAGGAACAUUUUCGUUGAAAGUGUUGCUCAUCGAAUUUAAACAAUUCCAAAAUGACGCCUUGUCAGGAUUUAAAGCUAGUUCGUCGAGUUGUAAUGUUUUUUCUUUGUGGAAUCCUCUUUUCUUUGUGCCUAGGAGCUUUUUGUAAUCAUUCAAGGUUUUGUGAUAUCUUUCCCGCACUUCGGAGUUGAGGGGGUCACGGUGCUUUUCAUUUGAGACUUUUCGUAAUUCAUGCCUUUUUAAGCGACAUUCACAGUCGAACGAUUUCUUGUUGGAUGAUUUCUUAAUACGCUUAUAAGUUUUCUUAGCUUUAAUUUUUAGGCAUAGCUUGGAGCUCUCAGUUAGAAUUUUCAUAGCGUUUUCUAAGGAGAUAUUCACAUCUUCGGUGUUUCUCUCCAUAUAUUGUCUAAUUAGAAUUUGGAUUGGUUCCGUGCGCAGUGCGUUUUUGAAUUUUAAAUGUGAGUCAACUUCCCAGCAAAAUUGCCGUGGUAAUUUUGAUAAUCUAUUGCUACUAUUGGGAGGGUGCAUUUCGUCUCCAAUUAACCUGGUGUUAAGAUUGAGCCAUGCCACGAUGGCACUAUGAUCCGAUAAAUAAGAUGGCUGUUUAACAACAAAAUUUGCAACGUUGAGAAAUGUACACUGAUCACAUAUUAGAUAAUCAAUAACGCUCGUUCCGUUUUUUCCAUGAAAAGUGGGUCUGCCAAGGGUAUCUCCAUUAACUCUGCCAUUAACUAUUCUUAGGUCAAAGGUUUUACAAAUUUCCAACAGCCGUUUCCCAUGGCUAUUUAAAACAUUAUCAAAACUGUUUCUUUGAGUUGGCUGGAAAGCAGAUUCCGACUGAUCAUUACUAAUUCUACUGUUUCCCUCCUUUGAGACAGUAUCAGAGUAUUUCCCUGUUCUCGAGUUAAAGUCACCCAUGAGAAUUAUUGAUCCUUUCGAAGAAAAACGUACUAUGUCUUGUUCUAGCUGAUCAAAAAUUUCGUUAUCAAAGUAUUUUGAGUUACAGGGGGGUAUAUAGACACCACAGACGUAAAUAUUCUUCACUGAAUUUAGAAAACGAUUCUCAAUUUUAAACCAAAUAAAAUGCUGAGUUGUUUUAGUGAUGGAAAUGUUUUUGUGGAAUUUGUUCUUAUAAAAUAAAGCGAUUCCUCCGGAGUUACGCCCACCUCUCCCCGACUGAUUUGGUGUGGGACAUUGAAAAAAGAUUUGUAUCCCGCAAUUUCCAGAUUAGAGCAGUUGCCAAUUUCUGUUAACAAUAUAAAAUCGGAGUUAUUAAUAACACUCAAAAAUCAGCAUUAUCUAACUUAUUUCCAAGAUAUUUCGAAGAAAGGCCAUUAAUAUUCCAAGCGCAAAAGGACAAUGUGCUUGAAAUAUCGGGACUAUCUUCGGUGUCCGUGAUUGUAUAGAAAAUAAUAAAUGGAUUACUCUUUAUACUGGUAUAAAGUUUAUCAUUAAUACUUAAUUCAGUGUCAAGGGUAAGAUGAAAUUGUUCAUACAAAUGAUUUUAUAAAACGAAGAAAGGAUAUGAUUUCCUGAGGCAUUGCUGAAUCCGUUAAUUUGUUGGAGGGGCGAGUUUCUUCACCUGCGGUUUCCAUUUUAGCGGCCUGUGGAAACGUUUGAUGCGGUGUUUUGGAGUAUUGAUGCGAUAUAGUUGGUGGCGGAGCUGGGAGUAUCUGGUCCGGCAGGGUUUGCAUAGGAAGCUGGAAUGCUUUAUUUGAGGCAUUUGGUUCAUGAUGUAGUGAAUUUUGCAAUGGUGUUGGAGGUAUUCGUUGUGGAAGUUGUGGUGUGACAAAUGGUAACGGCGGAGGUUGAGUUUGAAGAAGGUGAGGCCAACGAGGCACUUGAGGUGGUGUGUUCUUUACGGCAUUGCUGUAUGAUGUGUGAUGUAAUAGUGGCUUGGGACCUUGGGAAGAAGUCGGUUGAGUUUGUGAGGAUCUUUGUCUUUGGGCUGGCAUUGUAUUAGAAGGAACUGUAGGUUUUGGUCUGGCACGACCGCGAAUUGUGUCCUUAAGGUUUUGGCGAAAAAUUUUACGUACCGUUUAAGAAUAUGUUUCUGAUCGUAAAGAAUAUUUGAUUGAUUCUCAAAGAGGUUGUCAUGUUUGACUAACUGCACAUUGGGUAAUCUUGAGCAGCUACUGAUCAACUGAUUGUUUAUUGAAGUUAUUAUUGGUGUCGGGAUGUCGCUGCGGGGAAGAAGUGUUGAGUAGAAUAUUUUGCUUGAAGGAAAUUUCGUUGAGGCUUCUGUAAUCAAUAUUAAGAUGUUAGAAAUAAGAUCUUCAGGAGAACUGGUUCUUUCUAGAUCGUUUGUUCCUGUGUGUAAUAUGAGUAGUCGGGGAGCAGUGUGGAUUUGACUUUGUAAGUACGAUCUAGCGUGUUCAAUCAGUGGAGUUCUAACAUACUUCACUUCCUGGUCUGAAGGAAACAUUUUUUCCAUGUCUAAAAACUUUCCAUUUGAAUCACAUAGAAAGAUCACUUCAUUAGAAUUAUUGGUGUCGUUGGUAGCAGGAGACUUAGGAGGGUGCUGCGAAUUAGUGUCUACAGGUUUGUUUUGUGGUUCUUUUCUUGGCGGGUUUUCUGGUAGAUCUUGAAGGGGAGAAAGAGUUUGAUGUUGGAAGAUUAACAAGUAGUAUCUCAUCUUCUGACCAUUGGUUGUCGUUUGAUGUAGGAAUGGCAGCUUUAUUCUUUUUGUGCUAUCAUUGAAUUUGUCGUCCAUUUCUUCACCAGAGGUCUGGCUCGACGUCUUAGUUGUUUCCGGCGGCAGUUGUAUUGUUUCCCAGAGGGCUUUAAUUUGGUCCUUAAGAAAGGUGAUUUCCGCUUCAAGCUGGUUCUGUGUUCUUCUCAUGGUUGCGUUAUCCUCCGAUAUUUUCGCAUUUUUCUUUUGAAGUGCUUGAUUUUCAUUCUGUAAUUUGGAAAUUAAGUCAGCGUGUUUUUUGUAAAUCGUGAUUUAGAAGUUUAGUAUUGUUUUCCAGAUCAUCAGCAAGGCCCCCUAGGGUUGUUGUUUGUACUUUGAAAUUGUGAUCUAGUUGGGCAGCUUUGUCUUUUAGGUGCUCGAGGUUACCAGCGUUUGUUACUUUAAACUCAGUAAAAUCGGCUUCUAAAUUUCCGACGGUAUUUCGAAGAGUAGUUAAGGUGUUUAGCCUACUCGGUGUAAGGGAGAGUUCAAUGGGUGUUGACAAUUGCGUUAUUCUUGUAUUUCCUUUGUCUGCACUGGGUGUUUCUGUUUCUGUUAUGUCACUGACAACAUUUUCAGCAUUUUCCACGGUAGUGUCGUUUAGUUCCGAAGCCCUUGUGUCCGCAAUCUCACAUCCUUUGUACUUUGUGAAAAACUUUUGGAGUUCUAUAUGGAAUGUAGAUUUGUCCUUUGCGCUAACAGCGCUAAGGUUUCCUGACGACCCGAGACUGUUAACAAUAGAUAGCAGUGCAGGAAAUUCCUGUUGACUCCACUCGGCGAAUUUUUGCCUUGAACCAUGAUUCUGCCAGUGGAAAUAAAGAUAGUUAUGGUGACCAUUUGAUCUUCAAUGUUAUUUUCUUCCUCGUGAAUGUGCAUGAUGAUUUUAUCGCUUUUGGUUGGGCAGCUAUGUGACUCUUGUUCUUGCCAUGUUACUCGAUAUCCCAUCACGUUCAGGUGAUCAAAGUAUCGCACAGCGAAGGUUUUGAUCCAUAAAAGUAGCCGGUCUUCAGAUGUUACAAAGGAGACAACCUUAGCAGCAGUUUUGUAGGCUGAAAAAUCGAUUGCUUCGAAUAAAACUGAUUUGGAUUUAGUGGAUGAGUGAAAUUUGUCGACCAGAUAUCGGUGAAGAUCAUCACAUGGUUUCAUGUCCACCAUUGAGGCAGGCUUGAAUGUUACCUUUUUCUUUUGUCCAGGAUUAUCUCCAGGCUCGAAAGAGGGGUCAUAUUUGUCUUCAUCCAUGUAUAUUUACGUUUUGAUAAGCUUUUUACCAGUAUAAUUCAAUCCUUCCAUGAAAACGACUAAACUUCUCGCACCUUAAAAAGCAGUGACCAUUUUCAGUGGUCACGCAAGUAGUAGUAGUAGUAGUAGUAGUAGUAGUAGUAGUAGUAGUAGUAGUAGUAGUAGUAGUACUAGUAGUAGUAGUAGUAGUACUAGUAGUAGUAGUAGUAGUAGUAGUAGUAGUAGUACUAGUAGUAGUAGUAGUACUAGUAGUAGUAGUAGUAGUACUAGUGGUAGUAGUAGUAGUAGUAGUAGUAGUAGUAGUAGUAGUAGUAGUAGUAGUAGUAGUAAUAGUAAUAGUAAUAAAUUGCUUUAUUUGCAUGACCGCAUCACUUUACAGUAUUGCAAAAGCAUGUAUAUGACAAUCAAAAUAAAAAACAAAACAGCACUAAUAACAAUCUUGAAAAAUUCGGUUACAUUACUAACAAUGAAUCACGUAUUUUCAUGCAGGAGGAGACAAACUUCAUAACUAACUUAUUUACAUGAUGUUCCUUCGAAUUCAUUAUCAGUUUUAUGCUUUCCGGAGAUGAUUUCUUGUCAAAGUCAGGUAUUAUUCGAUUGAUUUGAGUAAUAAAUGCCUGUCUCUGUACUGAGUAUUUGUUACAUUGAAAGAGGAAAUGAAUCUCAUCUUCUACCUGAUUUGAGUUACAUAAAGGACAUAAUCUAUUUUCUCUUGGCAAAUGAUCGAUUUGGUAUCGACCAUGUUCAAUCAUAAGUUUGUGAUUACUUAUUUUAAAUUUAACAAAAUUCUGUCGUUCGUCAUAAUGUCUUAGCUGGUAGAGAUAAUCAGAUGUAGAAUAUUCAUCUUUAAAAGUUUUAUAAAAUUCUAGUUUUUUUUGAAUUUUCGAGGCUGUGCCGCCAAAAGAUAGAUAUUUCUCUCUCAUUUCUGUGGUAUAUCGUCUAAUUUUAUCAUUAUCUAGAGAUUCAGCAUCUAAACUGGUUAGAUUGUAUUGUUCAAGCAUGUUUAUGAAAUUGGAAAAAUAUCCGGAAUUAUUCAUAGAAUGUAGAUUCUUUGACAUAAGGAAAGACUGUUUGACUAUAGAGUCAUUAUCUUUGUUGUUGAGGUAAACAAAAUAUUUCAUAAUUUUCUGAUUCAUCGGGAUAAGCAGCGGCAGUCUAUCAAGUUCAGCUCUGCAGGCUAUGUUAGAGGCCUUAUCGUUAACCUCUAAGUAACGUUUACAAAAUUUGAGGUGGAUUUUUUCUAUUGGGGAGCUAUCCCAUUUUUUAAAAUCUUGCUUGGUGUACAUUCCCCAUACCUCGCUGUUGUAACUCAAGAUUGGGAAUACCAUGGUGUCAGAUAUUUGGGAUGCAGUAUUAGGAUUAAGUUUGUUAAGAAUUGUCCGCUUCCGAAUACUAGAAAACGCGUGAAGGGCCUUUUCUUUUAAGUGUUCGAGUGCAAGUGUAAAGUUUCCCGUUGGAGUUAAACGUGUACCUAAAUAAGUGUAUUCUUGGACAAUUUCAAUUGACUCACUGCCUAUGUUGAAUUUGAUGUCAAUAGAUUUUUUGGGGCGUUUCUGGAAUAGUAGUAGUAGUAGUAGUAGUAGUAGUAGUAGUAGUAGUAGUAGUAGUAGUAGUAGUAGUAGUAGUGGUAGUAGUGGUAGUGGUAGUGGUAGUGGUAGUGGUAGUGGUAGUGGUAGUGGUAGUCGUGGUCGUGGUCGUGGUCGUGGUCGUAGUCGUAGUCGUAGUAGUAGUCGUAGUCGUAGUCGUAGUAGUAGUCGUAGUAGUAGUAGUAGUAGUAGUCGUUUGCAUUUCGUACCCGGAGGUAGCUCUGCCUAACAUAUCUGGAUAACGCCCUUUCCUAGAGUUAUAUUUUUUUAAGCAUAAUUGGAACUGAACCUUUUCUCUGCGAGAAGUAGUAGCUACAGUAAAUGUUCACUUUCCUUUCCCUUAGCGCUAAAAGGCUUGACCAGUUGCCACCGUGUAGCACUGCUCAAGAUGUAAGUUCUAAUCCCUCCAUAUCUGCUUGCCAUGCUAUUGACCUAAUGCAGUGACAAGCGACACAUUGUCUGCUGUGAACUUUUCCCAGGACUUCUAUGGUAGAGAGUAACAACCCUCUUUCUAAGAACCACUCAUUUGCUGCUUUGUUAACAUUUUUAAAUGCCCUUUGCUCCGCAUGCUUGUCAUACUAAUCUAUAGUUCAUCUUGAAAUGUGUUUUCUAGGAUUUCCUUUUCAGCGUGGUCGUCGUCACAUGCCACAUAUGUCAUCCUUGGGCUACUCUCACUGUCAUGCCAUUCAUUUCAAACCGUUUACCCUGA